AUGGCUGUGGAAAGCAUGACUGUCCAUCCAAACUCCCCAACCAACCACGAACACAACAGUCUCCUGACUGACGAAAGGCCAGAGGAUGGAGAGCUGGAGGAGGGCGAGUUGGAGGAUGAUGGAGGUGAAGCUGAGAUGCAGAUGGGAGGCGACGCGUCCGCUGGAGGAGGAGGCGCAGAGGGGAGCGAUGAAGUGGGAGGCGGUGACGGCGGCGCGGCAGGGGACGCCGGUGGCGGCGACCGUCCCCCUCGGACUCGGGAACGCAACGCUAGCAGUAACUCGGACGAGGAGCGCUCGCACCGACGCAAACGCAAGAGGAAGAAAGAGAGGGAACGCGAGCGGGAGAAGAGGCGUGCCAAGAAGAAACGCAAGUCGAAGCACAAGCGCCACGCCUCCUCUGACGACGACUUCUCUGACUUAAGUGACGAUUCCGACUAUUCUCCCAACGAGAAGAGAAAGUACAGAGAGUACAGUCCCCAGUACCCUCCAACCUCUCGCGGUGGCUACGUUGGUUCCAAAAAGGGCGGCUACAUGAAGAUGGACAAGCAGGGCUACGGCGGCUACGAUGACUACGAGGAGGACAACUACGAGGGGGAGGAGGAGCACGAUAUGGGUAGCGAGGAGUACGACGACUACGCCAAGGAGCUCAACAUGUAUCGCAAAGCCAAAGAGGGCGGGCGCGGGGGACGAGGUGGGCGUGGCCGCAUGAGAAACAUGAGAGGCCGCGGUGGAAUGAGAGGCGGCCGUCGAGGAGGACGAGGAGGUAGCCGAGGAAGAGGAGGGAGAAGCGGAAAGAUGGGCGAUGAAGAUGGAGAUGGUUACGUGGAGGAAAUGGAGUAUGACGACGACUAUGACAACAUGGUUGAAGACGACUAUGAUGACUAUCAGUACAAAAAGUCCAAAGAGAGAGGAAGAGGCAGAGGCGGGCGCGGAAGAGGUCGAGGCAAAGGAGGACGCGGCAUGAUGAGAGGAGGCAAAAUGAGAAGUCGUGGACGAGGGCGAGGGGACAUGGGCCAUGACGACGAUAACAAUGGAGACAUGGACAAUGGGGACGGAGGAGGGGAUGCAGGAGGAGGAAUGGGCAAGAGGAAUCAAAAUGAAAAGUACCAGGAUAAGAAAGGAAAAGCCAUCUGCAAGUAUUACAUUGAAGGCAGAUGUACUUGGGGUGACCACUGCAACUUUAGCCAUGACAUCGAAUUGCCCAAGAAGAAGGAACUGUGCAAGUUUUACAUCACGGGCUACUGCGCUCGAGCCGACCACUGCCCUUACAUGCAUGGCGAAUUCCCUUGCAAGCUGUUCCACACUACAGGCAAUUGCGUCAACGGCGACGAGUGCAUGUUCUCCCACGACAACCUUAAUGACGACACCCAGGAACUGCUCAAUAAGAUGCUAGCUGAGGAUGCAGAGGCUGGGGCAGAGGAUGAGAAGGAGGUGGAGGAACUGAAAAAGCAGGGAAUUAACCCUCUGCCCAAACCCCCGCCCGGCGUGGGCCUCCUUCCCACUCCUCCUCGCCCGACACCCGUCGAAGUCAAUGCCGGAGCGGGGGAUUUCGGAGGCCCCGCAUCUGGUGAUUUUGGGGGAAUCCCAGCUGCCAAUUCGGCACCCAUCGCCACCAAGGUUUCCCCCAUUGGGGCCGGGCAGAUACCUUCUCCCAACUCCUGUGGUGGUGGUCCUCCACUACAAAAUCCGGAUGGAGCUUCUUACCAAGGAGCACCCCUAAAUCCCAGUGGACCCUCCCCUCACAUGGGCUCUCCACCUGCUGCUGGUGGAGGCGGUGGCGGAAAGAAGAUCCCGUCUUUGUUUGAGAUCAAAGUGCAGCCCACCGGACAACUCGCUCAUAAACUGGCUGUCAAUCAGCCUCCCGGCAACAGCCAGGCAGCGACCCCAGGAACUGGCGCACCAGGAGCAGCGCAGUCCGGCUUCCCCACCGAGAGCAUGGGAACAUUCGCAUCUGGUGAUUGUCCUCCUCACGGGGGCGCCUUGCAGCAACCUCAGAGUGGAGGGAACUACACUUUCUUCAAUCAAGAGGGAAUGAAGAUGGAAGGAGCGGUGGAAGAGGGUGACAACUACCAAAUAGGUGCUGGCAAGUUAAUCAGUCAGGAGGACGCCGCCAACGGUACCAAUCAGGGAGGAAUUUCUGUCUCGGAUCUCCUGCCGCCAGCACAGCGCGUCCUGUUCAUGAGAAUUCAGCAGAAGCAACAGGAGGAGGAGGAGCGGGCCCGGCGCAUGGAUGGAACCAUUGAGAAGAGCAGAGACACCGAGGGUGACUCUGGCAAUUGGUACUCCAGCGAGGAUGAGGACGGUGGCGGCAGCGUUACAUCCAUCCUGAAGACACUCCGGCAGCAGACGCAGGCUCCUCCAAAGCCUGAACCGCCGAGCGACCCUCGUCUCCAGAAGGCUGUCAACCCCCCUACACGGCCCGCCGACCCACGCCUGGCCCGCGACCCACGUCUGGCACGCGCCAUCGAAGCCGACCUGAUACCGCCUGCGCCCUCAUCGGGCCCACCGGCAGACCCACGAUUAGCCCGAUUGGCAGCUACCUCGGCGGGGUCUGCCACCCACCAAGCCUCCACCCCCAAACCGGAGCCUCCCCUGAUCUACAAACCCCCACCCCUCACAGCACCAGCAGCGGAGGAGGAGGAGACAGAGAGAGUUCUACGAGAGAAACCGGUCCCCAUCCCUCUGGACCCCCUCAUGGGAAUGGCGCUUAGGGACCCCCGCUCCCAGCUGCAACAAUUUAGUCACAUCAAGAAGGACAUUGUUUUCCACAUGCCCGCAUUCUCUAAAACCAUCACCUGGUCCCCCGAGGACCUCCUCCCAUUACCCCUUCCCAAACAGGACUUUCUUCCUCUGCCCCCAGGCAUUCCUCCGGUUUCCUCCCUCGACCCACGUCUGUCCCGUGUCGUCCACUCACAGUCUCCUCCCGUAGUGCCGCCCCCCUCCUUAGAUCCCACCGUCCCUACGCCAUCCUCCACCCUACCAGACUUUGAACUUCUGUCUCGCAUCCUAAAGACGGUCAGUUCCAGCCCGUCCCACUCCAUGUCCCCUCCGCUGGCGCCCACCCCUGCUACCCCAAUGGCACUUCUGAGUCAACCUCCCCCUCUUCCUUCCACUCCAUCAGAAAAGCCUAUGGACCCCCGAAUGGCGCGGAAAGCCCCCUCAGAUCCGCGCCUCCAGCCACAGAAAUCUGCUCUAAAGCAGCCGUCGGAACCUCUGGCCCCGCCCCCCGAAUCCUCAUCCUCUUUGGGGUCUGCGCCGGGAUCCCCGCCCCCCUCCAUUGCCCCUUACGAUCCCAGGCUCCUCUCUUCUGGCGGGUCUGGACGCAGCGCUGUGCCCAGCGCACCAGGGGGCACCAACGUCUUGAGCAACAUCAGUUUGUAUGACCCUCGGACUAACAAACCUGGAAGCCCUGGCACCGCCGGCGGCCCCAACAACUCCCCAAACUCGGAGUCUCGUUCCGGCGAGCCGUCUACGGGCAAAGCAAAACCCAAGGAGCCCUUGUUUGUGCGCAAAUCUGCGCUGGACCAACCCGAACCGGAAAAAAGCGCCGAGCAGGGCACCGACCGGUACAACAGCUACAACAGACCCCGACCUAAACCUGCACCUUCGCCCAACUCCGCCGCCCAGAGUGGACUCCCCACCGGGGCCCCGGCAACUCCUGGAGCACCUGCUGAACAACCUCCCGCUGGUGUCCACAACCUGCCCGUGUCCACCCUUUUCGGGGUGGUGAAGCAGGCCGGUAAGCCCGGGGGAACCAGCAGUCCAUUUGGGGGGAACAGCCCGGCCCAGACGGAGCAACCCACCGCCGAGCAGGACAACGGAUCACUCAAGGACGUUUUCAAGGGAUUUGAUCCAACCGCGUCGCCCUUCUGCCAAUGA